UGCAGAACCUCCUGAGAAAUGACCAACACCACCCCAUCUCUCCACCCACGCCGACGAUGGGUAUUAAUGUUUUCUAUAGAGAAAAUAGUGGAGAGGUAUAUAAUAAGGGGAGUCCUACAGCUACAGGAGAGGAGAAAUCCUGGAGAGAACACAUGGUUGGUAAUAAGGGAAGUCCUAGCGCUACAGGAGAGGAGAAAUCCCUGAGAGAACAUAUGUUUGAUAAGGUGGUCACUCCCAGCGAUGUGGGAAAGCUUAACCGGCUGGUGAUUCCGAAGCAUCACGCACAGAAAUACUUUCCGCUGAACAAAGAUGAUAAAGACAAAGGCUUGACGCUCACAUUCGAAGACAAAAGGGGCAAAGAAUGGCGGUUCCGAUAUUCGUACUGGAGUAGCAGCCAGAGCUAUGUGUUCACUAAGGGCUGGAAUCGCUUCGUCCGGGACAUGGAUCUUCAUGCAGGGGACGUCGUUUCUUUCCACAGAGCCGCCGACGCCCAAAACAUGCAACACCACUUUUACAUCAGCUGGCGGCGGUGCGCCGCAAAAGCGCCGCUUUUUUACUCCUGCUUAAGAGGAGGCAGAACAGGCCAAGUUCAUUAUCUUUCCCCUCCUCCUUACUUGAUUUCUUCCUUCGCCUCUUUGCAGAACAAUGGCGGAGCUGCCAUGUCUUCUUUCCGGGUGGAGCAAAAUGAUGUCCUGGUACCCACACUAGCCAGUCAUCCGGUACACUUCAACACAGCCGCCGGUUGCGCUGGGCUUGGGGAGAGUUGGGGUGCAGAGCGUGAGACACCAUUUGUGCAGCUUAAGCCCGGUGAGAGACUUGCAGGUGACGUGUCGUAUCCUGCCCAGAAUACGGCGACUGCGGGCAGUAGUAAAAGAGUGAGGCUUUUUGGUGUCACUCUGUGAAAUUUGCAACGAAAUGGAGAGAUAGCGCUUGCGCGGCAGAUCCACCAACGGGCUCUAAUUUCUACAUCGAAUUCAUUUAUGUGUAAGAGCGUCGUUUGUUUGAUUAAAACAAAAUUGUGGGAAAUUGGUUGGAUCGGAUUUUAAUAUCUCUCGCCCUUGAUUCUGCCUGUGUAAUCAUUUAGUUUCUUUUUCCUGGUUUUAAAAUUUCUAUUCGAUCUGCUUCGUUGU